CAAGGCUGCCUGACCAAAUACUUUUCAAUAUCAACAGUUUUUGCAUAGGUAUUACGUAAUUAUUUCUUUAUUUAUUUUUGUUUUCUUCAGUCAAAGCUUCAUUAAACAAACAAACAAACAAACAUGGUUUUGCAUUUCACUCUUAUAUUGCUUGCAAUACUGGCUCUGAAAGCCUCCGCAACUAUAUCAAAUAAUGAUACAAAGACUAUGCCACGGACGUUUUCUGCUUUUUUCCUGUCCGUCACAGACGAACCCUUCGACUUCUUGGAUGUUCAAGAGGGAAGUGGUUCUGGCUUUGACAUAAAUUCCGAGCCAAAGAAACAUCAUCACCCCGCGGUGAAAAAGCGGUAUUACAUCUCCAAAGAGGCCUCACAAUUUCUUAUGGGCCAUUUAGUGACAGUGUUCAUUCCAACCGUAUACACCUUAGUUUUCAUCGUCAGUGUUCCUCUAAACCUCCUUGCCCUUGUGAUGUUUAUUCGUCGAGUGCGGCCGAAGAAGCCAGCAGUGAUAUACAUGACCAACCUGGCUUGCGCUGAUCUGCUGUUUGUCCUCUUACUCCCUUUUCGGAUUGCCUACCAUUUCAAUGGAAAUAACUGGAUAUAUGGUUCUGGAAUGUGUCGUGUCGUCACUGCUGCUUUCUACUGCAAUAUGUACUGUUCUGUGCUGCUAAUGAUGUCGAUUAGUGUCGACCGUUUUAUGGCGGUUGUCUAUCCUAUGGACUCACUUACCUGGCGCAGCCCUCAAAGCGCAAAAGUGGUGUGUCUUGCCAUGUGGCUUUUGUCCAUCGGGGGUGUCACGCCUCUACUCCUCUCAGAGCAAACAAUCCAUCUGCCUGACUUGGAUAUAACUACCUGCCACGAUGUCUUGGACAUUCAUAAGUUACGCGGCUAUUACCUUUAUUUCUUUCCGAUAUUCGCGUCAAUCUUUUUUUUCAUUCCUUUUAUAUUUACUACAUUCUGCUACGUGCGUAUAGUUCAAGCUCUAUGUAACACCAAUGUGGAGAAUCGUACAAAAAAGACCCGUGCAGUUUUUAUGGCAGUUACUGUGCUCGCUGUAUUUGUGGCUUGUUUCACUCCUACCAAUAUUAUCUUACUUUCUCACUACUUACAGUUUGCGCACCGACACAACGAGCGCUCUUACGCUGCUUACCUCGUGUCAAUGUGCGUUGGCAGUAUUAGCUGCUGCUUGGAUCCCCUAUUAUAUUAUUUUGGAUCGUCGCAGUGUCAGAAGCAAGUGCUCGCCUUCCUGAAAUGUCGUCCUGUGCCGGCAAUGGAGCGCAGCUCGGAGUCCAGCAGUACCACCAGGUUAAGCAAGCUGGAGACCUUUAAAAGUAAUAUCAGCAACCAGUACAAGCAACUCACAGCAUGAACCUUUUCUGAAGGGAGUAAAAAAUUACAUUGUGCAGCUCAUUUUUCAUAGAGCUCUUACCACA